AUGUCCAUCGUCUCCCUACUCGGAAUAGAAAUCUUAAACAAUCCAGCAAAAUUCACAGACCCUUACGAGUUCGAAAUAACAUUCGAAUGUCUAGAACCUUUGAAAAAUGAUCUGGAAUGGAAACUAACAUACGUUGGGUCCUCCCGAUCCCUAGAGCACGACCAAGAACUGGACUCCAUCCUAGUGGGGCCCGUCCCCGUGGGGGUCAAUAAGUUUGUCUUCUCCGCAGACCCACCAUCCGCGGAAUUGAUCCCUGCAAGUGAGUUGGUUAGCGUUACAGUUAUUCUAUUGAGUUGUUCAUAUGACGGGAGAGAAUUCGUGAGAGUGGGCUAUUAUGUGAAUAAUGAGUAUGAUGAUGAGGAAUUGAGAGAAAAUCCACCGGCAAAGGUUCAAGUGGAUCAUAUUGUCAGAAAUAUAUUGGCGGAAAAACCAAGAGUGACAAGAUUUAAUAUCGUUUGGGAUAAUGAAAAGGAAUCUGAUAUAUAUCCACCAGAACAACCAGAUGUAGAUGAAGAGGAGGGGGAAGACGAAGACGAGGAGGAGGAGGAUGAAGAAGAAGAAGAGGAGGAGGAGGAGGAGGAGGAGGAAGACGAAGAAGAUGAAGGUGAAAAGGAUGAGAGUGCCGCCGAUGAUGAUGAAGAGCCUGAAGAUGAAGAUGAAGAAGGUGAAGAUAUAACAGGAGAAAUCGAUAUUCAAGAAAGUGAUGAUAACGGAGAAGCGGCCGAAGAAGAUCAAGAACAAAGUGAGAAGAAGAAGAGAAAGUUGGACACAGUGGCAACUCCUCAAGACACACAAUAA